AUGGCCACCCAGGCAGACAUCAUCAUCCUCGCCCUCGGCGGCCUGCUCGCCUUCCUCUACCUCUUCCGCGGCACCCUCUUUGCCAGCGGAAAGGCCUCCGACGCGGGAUCCAAGCUCGCCGGCGGCUCCGACCUCGACUCGUCGGCAGACGCCGCUGCAAACGACUUUGUUACAAAGCUGACUUCACAGAACAAGCGCAUCGCCAUCUUCUACGGCUCGCAGACGGGCACUGCCGAAGAGUAUGCCACCAAGAUCGCAAAGGAGGCCAAGGCGCGCUUCGGCACCUCGUCGCUCGUGUGCGACCCCGAAGAGUACGAGUUUGAGAAGCUCGACCAGCUCCCCAGCGACUGCGUCGCCUGCUUUGUCAUGGCCACCUACGGCGAGGGCGAGCCCACCGACAACGCCGUCGGCCUGAUGGAGUUCCUCGACGGCGAAGACGUCCAGUUCUCCAACGGCAGCUCGCUCGACAACCUCAACUACGUCAUCUUUGGCCUCGGCAACCGCACCUACGAGCACUACAACGCCAUCGCCCGCAAGCUCGACGCCCGCCUCGAGUCGCUCGGCGCCAAGCGCAUCGGCGAGCGCGGCGAGGGCGACGACGACAAGAGCAUGGAGGAAGACUACCUUGCUUGGAAGGACGGCAUGUUUGAGGCGCUCGCCUCGUCGCUCGGCUUUGAAGAGGGCGGCGGCGGCGACGUGGCCGACUUCAAGGUGCGCGAGGUGGCCGACCACCCCGAGGACAAGGUGUACCGCGGCGAGCUCUCGGCGCGCGCGCUGCUGGGCACCAAGGGCAUCCACGACGCCAAGAACCCGUACAACGCCGUGGUCAAGGAGGCGCGCGAGCUCUUUGUCGAGGGCACCGCCGACCGCACCUGCGUCCACGUCGAGUUUGACAUCGAGGGGUCCGGCAUCUCGUACCAGCACGGCGACCACAUCGCCGUGUGGGCCCACAACCCGGAGCAGGAGGUCGAGCGCGCCCUCGCCGUCCUCGGCCUGCUGGGCAAGCGCGACACGGUCAUUGACGUCGAGUCGCUCGACCCCACGCUCGCCAAGGUCCCCUUCCCCGUGCCCACCACCUACGAGGCCGUCUUCCGCCACUACCUCGACAUCUGCGCCCACGCCUCGCGACAGACGCUCAACAACUUUGCAAAGUACGCCCCCACGCCCGAGGCGCGCGCCAAGCUGGAAAAGGCGUGCGGCGACAAGGCCGCCUUCCAGGAGGCCAUCGGCCACCGCUGCCUCAAGACGUUCGAGGCGCUCCAGCUCAUCGUCGGCGACGACCUCGGCGGCGACAGCGUGGCCAAGGCGACGGCGUGGGAGAUCCCCUUUGACCGCGUCAUCUCGGACCUGCCCCGCGUCGGACCGCGCUUCUACUCGAUCUCGUCGAGCCCCAAGAUGCACCCCAAGACGGUCCACAUCACCGCCGUCGUGCUGCGCUACCGCCCCGAGGCGGCCGGCCAGGACUCGCCCUACGUGCACGGCCUCGCCACCAACUUCAUCAGCGCCAUCAAGAUGGCAAAGAACAACGAGCAGCCGUCGGGCCCCGACGACCCGCGCUUCGGCACGCCCGGCUACGACCUGGCGGGCCCGCGCGGCGCGUACACCAAGGAGUCGCUCUUCCGCGCGCCGAUCCACAUCCGCCGCUCCAACUUCCGCCUGCCGACGUCGCCCAAGAUCCCCGUGAUUAUGGUGGGCCCGGGCACGGGCGUCGCCCCCUUCCGGUCGUUUGUCCAGGAGCGGGUGUGCAGCGCGCAGAAGACGUGCGACAAGGUCAACCAGUCGCCGGCCGAGGCGCUGCAGGACUGGGGCAACAUCUGGCUCUUCUACGGGUGCCGCCGGAGCAACGAGGACUUCCUGUACAAGGACGAGUGGCCCGAGUACGCGUCCAAGCUGGGCGGCAAGUUCCAGAUGGAGACGGCCGUGAGCCGGGAGAAGUUCAAGCCGGACGGCUCCAAGCUGUACGUGCAGGACCUGAUCUGGGAGCGGCGCAAGGAGCUUGCGCAGGACAUCCUGGACAAGAAGGCGUACAUCUACAUCUGCGGCGAGGCCAAGGGGAUGGCGCACGACGUCGAGGAGAUGUUUGGGCGGGUGCUCGAGGAGGCCAAGGGGUCGGCCGAGGCGGGGCGCCGCGAGCUCAAGCUGCUCAAGGAGCGCAGCCGCCUGCUGCUCGACGUUUGGUCCUAG